CCGAACCGGACAUACACGUGUCCUCUUGGUUCCUGCGGCCGUCUGUUCAAACGGCUUGAGCAUCUUAAACGCCAUCUGCGCACGCAUACCAUGGAACGCCCGUACUUGUGCCAACAGUGUGGCAAACGGUUUUCGCGUUCGGACAAUUUGGCCCAACACCGCAAGACGCAUGAUCGG